GAAACAGCAACUUCGUGUUUACCUGAGCGAAAUAUUAUUCUGCUCUCACGUGUUUAGAAUCCUGUCAUGCUUGUUGCCUCAGCGAAUACUUAUAAAUGACAUUUAUAUAUGGUUAGAAAUCGACAUGACGACGUUCGAUCUUCCAACAGAACUGACAGCGCGACCGCAGGCAUUAAUUGUUCUCACGGGGCUCGACGUAGUCCACAAUGCUAUACAUAAGCUAAUAUGGGAUGCUUUCAGCAACAACAGGCGACCAGACAGGGUGCCCAUACAUUUCAAAGACUUGCCUGGCGAUCAUGAAUACCCAAAACUGAAGCAGAAGAAAGCGGCGUACGACUGGAUUAUCCCCAGGGGCAUCCUGAAAAGCAUCUGGCUUCGCAAACACCUAUAUGAAAUCCCUGCAGUUGUAGUUGUUUUUUUCGAGUUGGACUGGGACGAACAUCUCUGGAAUGAGAAGCGUAUGGAGUGUGCGACACUUGUUGAAGUAAUCAGGACUUCUCUGCAGGGAAGGCCGAGCAAGGUCGCUGUUGUUCUUAUACAGAAGAAUACACCACUGCCACCAGGUGAGGAUGUGAUUGCAGCAGAGAGAGCUGCGCAGCUAUGCACGGCUUGCUCGCUCUCAGCCAAGUCCCUGUUCGUCCUGCCACACACAGACCAUCUAUUGGGAUAUGUCAUCAGGCUCGAGAAUGCAUUCUAUGAGCUAGCACAAGGGUAUUACCACACGGAGGCUCGAGUCGUGAAGCUACACAGGGAUCACCUAAACAAGACAACACACACACUUCUCUUCAUCCGACAUCAAUUCAAGGUUGCCUUCUACAGUGAACUGAAGCAGGACAGCCACACUGCACUCAAACACUACAAACAGGCGUACGUGCAUCUGCAAGAGCUGCGUAUCACCGACUAUAAUCUACUGGAGAUUAAAACGAUCGCUGGCUUCGUGAAUUACAAGGUUUGCAAGCUGUGUUUCCAGCACACCACACCCUUAGACGCCAUAGCUCAGUUCAGAAGACACGUCGACAUUUACAAGGCAAAGAUUGGCACGGCGGAACUAUCAUUCGAGCAGAGCGCAUGGAUGUCAAAACAGUUUGCUGUGUUUGGGGACUUGUUUGAGGAGGCAAUCACGGUAGGUCUGACGGCCAUACAGACCCAGCACCCUGGCUUUUACUACCAGGAAGCAGCCGGUCAUGCCGUGGCCAGGAAGAAGCUGUGCCGUGGUUUAUGUAUGGGGGAACACGCAUACCCAUCGCCCGAUCCACUAGAAAGUGUUGAUCAGUUGGAAUAUUACGGUCAGAGACCAUGGAGGCAAGGGCAACAAAGUCUGGAGCCUGGCAAUAUGCAGAAAGAGAGAGAAGCUAUCCUGGCCUUGCAGCACAGGGAGGCACAGGUGGACCACUCCUGGCUAGUGAUUCCGCUCCUCAGUUCAGCUGUCGGCCAGUUCAAGAAGUACAAGUCAGCAAGGAUGAAGCGAUACCUAGUCGUGCAGAUGGGAGAGGAGUACUAUCAUGCCAAAGACUAUAGCAAGGCUCUCACGCUGCUGGGAAGAGUGAUGUGGGACUACAGGAUUGAGCGUUGGUGGCGCCUCCUCACACACAUUCUACAGAUUGCCCUCAGGUGUGCGUACCUGGUGCGAAGCAUUCGCGACUACGUCACCAUCUCUAUAGAGCUGAUGGGAAAAUACGCGCAGACAGCGCGCGAGGAGAAAACUCGCAUUCAAGUCAACCUACUCAAGGUGCUUCAGGGUGAGUCACCGGAAGCUGAGUACGGAUGUGAACACGACAGCGUGGAGCAGAGCAAGGGCCUGUGGCGGGCGACCCCUGGUGGCGAAAAGUGCGAGUUUACCAUCGAAAUGAACAACAUCACAUCCUUUGUGGAGUGCAAGGCGAGCUUCGCUGCCGAAAGCUUCACGGGCGAUUCGAAGGUCGUGCUGAAGGUGGCGCUGAUCAACAAUGCACCGCUGCCCAUCCGCUUCUCCCGGCUUGCAGUGAUGUUCAGCAACACAGUGUACAACCAGUACUGCAUCACGUCUGAUGACCUGCCCAUCGCGGACACGAAGGAGAGUAGCCUUUACCUUCACCCAGGGAAAACACUUGUGAAGGUCUAUUCAUUUACAGUGGAUCCAUCAGAUGUCGGAUCAGACUUAGAGGUCACUGGCAUCCUACUGAGUCUGUGCACUGAGUCCAGCUGCUGUGCAACACUGCAUUGGAUGGGUGGCGGAGGCGACAUUGUGCUGCAACCACCGACGAUUCUUGCACCAACCAAAAAGGUGCCACCUGGUGCCGAUUUAUCACAUGUUCCUUGGGAUAAAAUCGCAAUUCUUUCAUGUGCAAGUAUAAUUCCACGUGAGGCGAACCUGGAUGUGAGGGUUGCACACAGCACGCCUGCACUCGUUAAUGAGUUCUACAGACUCACCAUCACAGUAGUCAACACAGAGCUGGUGGAGAUUAUCGACAUUACGAUUAGUGUCAGUCUCGUCGCAGAAGUAGGUGGCAGCACCGUGCAGGAGAUGACCAUACUACAUGAGGAGCCAGCCAGCCAACCUGUGCAGUCCAUUCCAUUACUCAGACUCAGCUCUCUGAAGCCACAGGAGAAGGGCAGCAGAGUGGUCUAUGCACGAUGCCUAAAGAGUGGCAAUAGAGAGUUCAGUGUGAAGGUGACGUACAAGGUAUCCGUGGACGUCGACACAAGAAUGCUCCCCUGCACGUGCGUUAAGCAGGUGCUAGCAUCUGUGGAGGCAAUCGAACCGUUUGAAAUCAGCCAGCGCCUAGCAAACAUGAGGUUUGAUCCGAUGAACAAGGUGUAUGUGGACGAGCCUUUCCUCCUGCUCACCGAGGUGCGAUCACUGUCCCCGUGGCCACUGGUCAUCAACGGCAGCUCGCUGACCCUGCACAAAGCCAUGCAGCCUGCGGAUGAGGAAUGUCCAUCGCAGCUCAGCGAUGUGACGCUGUGGACGGAUGACCGUGCGUCUGAGUGCCGUUGCCUCGUCGCCUCGUCUAACAGUCCCUGCGAUAUCGACAUGGGCUCGUUUUUUUUCGCCAUCGAAUGGCGACUACUGGCUGAAUGA